AGACAGUAUAUAUAGUACUAGUAGGAAGGUUGAAAAAAAUAGAGUCAGUUGAAAGUUGACAAUCUCAGCAAAAUGAAAUUCUUCGUAGUCAUUGCCGCUGUAGCCGUCACGUCCGCCGCCGCCGCGGACGAGAAAUCGGCCCAAGUAGUUAGAUCUAGCUUCGAUUCCCAACCCGAGGGUAGUUUCAAGUACGGCUACGAAACAGAAAAUGGAAUCCUCCUUUCUGCCGAAGGUGUUUUGAAGAACGCCAACUCUGAAUACCCCGCUGUUGCUAUUGAGGGAGGAUACAAAUACACUGCCCCUGAUGGUACUCCCAUUGAAAUUACCUACGUUGCCGACGAGAACGGAUACCGUCCCCAGGGUAAUUUCUUGCCCAUCAGUCCCCCAAUUCCCGAGGCCAUCGCUCGUUCCCUCGCAUGGAUCGCUGCCCACCCUCCCCCAGUUGAGAAGUACAGCUCUCGCAACUAAGAUAUAACGAUUAUGCAAAUUGACUCCAGUACAAAAUAAUAUUGCCGUAUUGUAGACAAUAAAUGUUGAUUUUAGUUUA